AUGCUCUUCCUCCACCUCACCAUUCUCAUCACCCUCAUCACGUCCACCCUCGCAACCGCACUCUUCAAACCAGCUGCCCGUGCAGUCACCUCUUGCGCUCCAGCUCCAACCGUCGCAUUUGGUGGUCCAACACCUGAGAUGAAAGCUUGUCUGAAGAAGCCAGAAUGCCAAAAUGCAGCCUCUAUCUUCCAUCACUGCGUUGAAGGACUUCCAGGCUCGCAGUUCGAUAAUUGGGCUUUCAACCCAGCGAAGAAUAAUUCUGCUACUUAUGAGUGUUUAUGUGACACUUAUCACGAUACCUGGCUCAACACCCUGAAAACCUGCAUCCCCUGCCUCACCCUCGCACUCACCCACCGCCCGGACAAAAUCCUCCCACCACCCACCAACCCAUCCUACCUCCUCGAGGAAAUCCUACUGAAUCUCAAUUCCUACUGUAUUAAUACGCAUUCCAAGGUUUUUGGACUGCAGUUCUUGAUUGGUGCGGGAAAGGGCAUUACGAGUAGGUUUCAUAGUCCGGUGUUGUUUUUCAAUGUUACGGUUGCGGGGGGGCCGGUUACGGAUUUCUGA